AUGGUGGCGACGAUGGCUAAAGAGACGAAGAAGCCUUCGAGGGACAUUCCUAUUGGUUUGGUUGGGUCAAUGAGCAUGAUUACGAUUGGGAUGAGUUGGGCUAAGUACCUUGUGAGCAUUUGUGCGUUGAAGGGGAUGACUACAAGCUUGCUUGUUGGGUCCAUGGGUCAAGCUAGGUACACCACUCGGAUUGUAAGGUCGCACAUGAUCCCACCUUUCUUCGCCCUCGUUCACCCCAAAAUAGGAACCCAUAUGAAUGCCACUCUCUUGACAACUCUUUGUAGCUCUAUCAUCGCUCUUUUCUCUAGCUUGGAUGUUCUCUCUAGUGUUUUCUCCAUCAGCACGCUCUUCAUUUUCAUGCUUAUGGUUGUUGUGUUGCUUGUGAGGAGUUACUAUUCCUGGGAGAGCAAUGGCAAGAGUGAGUUAGCGAGAAUUCUGAUUUGCUUGUUUGUGAUUGUUGGUUCUUCUGAUGUUAGGGCUGCGCUUUGGCAUUCACGGAUACUCGGUUGGAUCGAUUACACAGUUGCUUGCGGCUUGUGUUUGGUUUUGGGAACUUUGGGUAUGAGUUUGCUUCCCAAGCAGAGAGCUCCGAAGGUCUGGGGGGUUCCCUUGGUUCCCUGGCUCCCCUCCUUGUUCGUUUCCACCAACCUUUUGUUGUAA